UCAUAAAGUUUGUUGGUGAGGAGCGCUUAGCUUUUAGACGUUGGCUAGUGCUUUAAAAAGCUCUAUUUAAAGGAGCCGAAGGCAAGCAUAGUUUCCAGACUUGCGUUGAGAGAGUAAAGAAAGAGCAGUGGGAGGCAAGCAAUUCUGAAGGAAACUUCUUGCAACUCACAAAGGAUAAUCCUCUUAUACAAUCCAUCCCACAUUUCCCUUCUUGUACUCUUCUCUGUUUUGGUCUUAGACCACCCACCUUGUCUUUCUUCUCUAUCAAAAAUCUCUGUUCAGGCAAAUCUGCAUGCACAUUUUAGCUAAAAGUUUUUUUAUUUUUAAAUUCUUUAGCUGUUUUACUUGGUGUUGUAGCUUUGUUUUUACAUUGUAGUCUUAGUUUUCUAUAUUGAGUAAGUUUAUUAGCUCCUGAACUUCCUCAACCAUGGGGUAUUUAUCUUGCCUUUUUGGACAUGGUCACAAUCAUAAUAAGAGGAGGCAGCUGCAGACUGUUGAAUUAAGAGUCAGGAUGGACUGCGAUGGCUGUGAGCUCAAAGUGAAGAAAGCCCUCUCCUACAUGAAAGGAGUUCAGUCAGUGGAGAUUAACAGAAAGCAAAGCAAGGUUACAGUCACUGGUUAUGUUGAGCUGAACAAGGUUCUAAGGAGGGUCCAGUCCACUGGCAAGAAAGCAGAGAUAUGGCCUUAUGUUCCUUAUAACUUGGUCAGGCAGCCUUAUGUGGCUGGCACCUAUGACAAGAGGGCUCCUCCUGGGUACGUGAGAAAUAUGGAGGCAAUUGCAGUUCCAAGCCUUGCAAUUACAGAGGAGGAGCACUACACCAAUUUGUUCAGUGACGACAAUCCUAAUGCUUGCUCUAUUAUGUGAUGAGGAUAUUAAGAGGAUUUGAAGAUGGAAAAGUGAAGAAAUUAAGUGUUUAUUUCUCUGCCAAAGAAGAAAACGGCAUUCAUAGCUUUUAUGUAAUAUGAUGAAGAGAUUUCAGCUGCACUUAUAUUUUACUAGAAGAAUUACAAAGCAAGUCUUCAAAAUCAAAUCACACUGAAACUUACAAU